AUGCCCAAACGAACGAGAAGCGAAGAUGGGGAAGACGCCACAGAAGGUGCCCAAGAGGCGGACGUGGAAUUGACCCCGUCAAAGAGGAGGAUGAUCGACGCAGAAACGCCCUCACGACACACGAGUGCAGACACGCCUUCGAAACACCGCUCCAUUCUCAAAUCCACCUUGAAGGAACAAGGAACCCCUACGUCACUACGAAAGGUCCUCUUUGCUACGCCAGCCAAAUCUGCCGACUACGACGUCCAAGAUGCGCCGACUAAGGACUCUCCCCUGACGGCCGCUCUCAACGCAGACCGUUCUGCCAGGCGCAAGAGCCACAAGACCUUGUUCGAUCCACAGGAACAUGACGAGUCUGCUGAACACGACACCGGCUUGGAAGAUGCAUUGGCUCGCGAGAUUUUGCAAGACGAAGUCGAGUCAGAUCAAGACAUGGUAGAGGGGGACAACAUCACUGCUACACCAGGCACUCCGUCAAAAACUCCCCGUCCACGAGGAAGACCCAAGGGCAAGAAGAGACAACCCUCACCCACCUCACAAGACAUGCCGCCGCAUGAGCUGUACUUCUUCCAGAACAGGCCAGGAGGUGUCAAGACGUCGGCCAAUACCCUGCCGGCCAAUGCUCUUCUCAACCACGACGACUACUUUGCCAAGAUCAAUGCAUACCAAGAUCCACACGCUGCAGACACAACAUUCUUGGCUGGUCUGCAUGAGAACAGCUUUAAUCAAUGGCUUUUUGAACUCGACCAAGGCUUCAACAUCUGCAUCUACGGCUAUGGCUCCAAGCGUCAUCUUUUGCUUGACUUUGCUGACCAUUACUACCAAUCUACAGACGAGCCCAACCUUGUCAUCGUCAAUGGCUACUCGCCCAACAUCUCGGUCAGAGACGUCUUGACUACCAUUGCGAAACAAUCUCUGCCUUCCUCGUUAGCCAACAAGCUUCCUCUCCAGCCUCAGGCUCUCCUGGACGCAUUGCUCUCCGCCUUGACAGCCAACCCUCCUUCUGUCCCUAUCUGCAUCCUCGUCCACUCGAUCGACAGUCCUUUCUUCCGCAAACCCCUUUUCCAAUCUACCAUCUCAGCUCUGGCCUCCCACCCUAGCAUCUGUCUGGUCGCAUCAGCAGAUACACCAACCUUCCCACUGCUCUGGGAUAUAUCUCAGCGUUCUUCCCUCCGUUUCCUCUUCCACGAUACCACGACAUUUAUGCCCUUUACUGCAGAGCUCGACCCGGUAGAAGAGGUCAACAUACUCUUGAAUCGCAGCGGUCGUCGCAUAGGCGGAAAGGAUGGUGUAGCAUAUGUACUGCGCUCACUGCCAGAAAACGCACGAAACUUGUUCCGCAUCUUGGUCGCCGAGCAACUGGCUCUCGCCGAUUCUACCUUCGAGGCACCUCCCGGCUCUCCGGACUCAGACAGCAUCCUCGGCCACUCUGGCGACGACAUGGACAUGGACAUGGAUCACGGCAAUACUUCGUCGUUUGUGGGUGUCGAGUACAGGACGUUGUAUCACAAGGCUGUCGAGGAGUUUGUUUGUUCCUCCGAGAUGAGUUUCAGAACUUUGCUCAAAGAGUUUCACGAUCACGACAUGGUGGAAAGCAAAAAAGACGCGCUGGGUGUCGAAAGACUGGCCGUGCCAUUUGGAAGAGAAGACUUGGAAGAUAUGUUGCAAGAGUUGGUGUGA